CUCUUUUCAUUGGAAAUGCAGUAAGAUGUGCAGAGUGAAGAGUACAGGAGAUCCUGAGUCGUUGUCCACAUCCAACGCUAGUAGCUUCAGCUUCCAGCUUAAUAAAUGAGCAAAGCUCCCUCCCUAUCCGGCCGGGUACCCCAGUCUCUCUGCGCGUCUUUGGAGUCCACCCGAGGAGUCAUGGAGGAUAAUCGUCAGCCACUCCUGUCGAACCGGGAUGAAGCGCCAUAUGAACUAGCCAAGCAGAGGAGAAAUAGCUCCUUCGGUUCCUCGUUCACAGCGGAAGCGGGCGAUAUCGAUCCUAUAAUCAAUGCUGGAGACUUCUUUAGAGAGUUCGGGAUCGAAUCGAGGAAGCUCUGGUUUCUGGCAGGCCCAGCCAUCUUCACAUCUAUUUGUCAGUACUCCCUCGGCGCUAUAACACAGGUCUUCGCCGGUCAAGUGGGAACUCUCGACCUCGCAGCCGUCUCCGUCGAGAAUUCCGUUAUUGCCGGAUUCUCCUUCGGUGUUAUGUUGGGCAUGGGGAGCGCGCUCGAGACUCUGUGCGGGCAGGCGUUCGGAGCAGGACAGCUCGAUAUGCUGGGGAUCUACAUGCAGAGAUCGUGGGUCAUACUUAAUACGACGGCCAUCGUAUUAUGCUUUCUUUACAUAUUCGCCGGUCCAUUUUUGAAACUAAUCGGUGAGCAGCAUCAGAUCGCUGAGGCGGCAGGGAGUUUCUCCGUAUGGAUGAUUCCACAGCUCUUUGCCUAUGCUAUGAACUUUCCGAUUGCCAAGUUCUUGCAGGCUCAGAGCAAGAUGAUGGUAAUGGCAGUGAUAUCGGCGGUGGCAUUAAUCCUGCAUACUUUCUUCAGCUGGCUAUUGAUGUUGAGGCUUGGAUGGGGUCUGGUGGGGGCGGCUGUGGUUCUCAACGCGUCGUGGAUUUUCAUCGUGGUGGCUCAGCUGGUUUACAUAUUUAGCGGCACAUGCGGCCGAGCUUGGUCUGGGUUCUCAAUGAAGGCCUUUCAGAACCUAUGGGGAUUCGUUAGGUUAUCUCUGGCAUCGGCGGUGAUGCUCUGCUUGGAGGUGUGGUAUUUUAUGGCUCUAAUUCUUUUUGCUGGAUAUCUGAAGGACGCUGAAGUUUCGGUGGAUGCCUUGUCAAUAUGCAUGAACAUAUUGGGAUGGGCAGUUAUGGUGGCUCUUGGAUGCAAUGCAGCCAUAAGUGUGAGAAUCUCGAAUGAACUGGGAGCUGGGCACCCAAGGAUUGCGAAGUUUUCAGUCGUCGUGGUUGUGAUCACUUCAUGUUUGAUCGGCCUCCUACUCUCUAUCAUUCUAAUCUCUACUCGAAAGCAAUUCCCAGUAAUAUUUUCAAGCAGUUUGGAUGUGAGAAAGCUUGUUUCUGAGCUCACCCCAUUGCUUGCCAUCUCCAUCAUCAUCAACAAUGUCCAACCAGUCCUCUCCGGGGUGGCCAUUGGAGCCGGAUGGCAAGCUCUUGUAGCUUAUGUCAACAUAAGCUGCUACUAUUUAUUUGGGAUUCCUUUGGGGCUCAUACUGGGUUAUAAGCUCGACAUGGGCGUCACGGGGAUUUGGUAUGGAAUGCUAUCUGGGACCAUCUUGCAAACCGCCGUCCUCUUCUGGAUGACUUACAGAACUAACUGGAAUAAAGAGGCUUCCAUUGCCGGGGACAGGAUUAAACAAUGGGGAGGAGACGAUGGUGACAAAGACGAGGAGCAUUGAGAAAUAAUAAUAAAUCGGGGAGUGUGGAAGUAUCAAAUUCCUACGUCCUCUCUUUAUUUUGGGAUGAAAUUGUUUCUGCGAAAAGAGAGCGGGUUUUUCGAAAUUCAAAACGUUGAACACCAAAUCGAUAUGGAAAAAUCGAGUAUUCUGUAAAGUAAAGUGUAAACAACAUCUCCACUGUAUUAUCAUCAAGGUUUAUUCUACAGAGUGAUGCAGUCCUGGUUCAGGAGGCAUGCUUCACAAUCACAGAAAAAGUGCUGAUGAAUGCACGCAAGGUAGCAAGAACGGCCACCUAUCCGGAGAAGAUUAUUUAAUAUUUCAAGUAUUAAUAUUUAUUUUUAUUCAAAGUUCUAGUACGCAUAAUCAUCAAAAUUAAAUGC